AGGGUACGUUCACGACACGGUUAUCAUUACCUGCGCUGCAGUGCAGCGGAACAAGUUCUCAACUAUCAAACAGCCAUUCCAUUUUCACUGACAGAAAUAACAUAUUUAGGGAUAAAGUACAGAAGGACACUCAGUAUGGAUGAAGAAUAUGAUGUUAUCGUUCUCGGGACCGGCCUAACGGUGAGAAAACAGACAAAGUAAUAGUACAACCGUCCAACAAUGGUCACAGCUACUAGGUGUGUAGAAGGCUAAUCUGUAGGCUAAUGUCAUGGCUAACUAACGUUAGUGCUAAAUUAGCUUGCUAGCUCGUUUGUUAGAACUCUAUUUUCAGAUUUUUUUUCUCGGGAAUCGGUGUCUACUAUGUUUCUCAGUAGUGUUGUGGCGAUACUUUCCCCAGUCAGCAAUAAGGGACAGCUCCCAUACAACAGUAUUUCCAGUUAUUUUCCUUAGAAAAAUGUAGCUAGUUUCCUACGCUAAGUAGCUACUGUAUUAGUUAGCUUGCUGUGUUGACAUUGUUCUUUACUGUGUUGUUUAAAUAGUUUACACUGUUGUUUACACAUUUAAAACAUAAAUGACAAUUGUUAUCUCUUUGUGUAGCUACCUAGCUAUCUGGCUUAUCUUUUUCUUCCAUAGGAAUGCAUUCUGUCUGGCAUUAUGUCAGUGAAGGGAAAGAAGGUGCUUCAUAUGGACAGGAACUCUUACUAUGGAGCAGAGAGUGCGUCCAUCACGCCACUGGAAGAUGUAAGCAAAGGCACACAAGAUGACUAUGACCCUUUUCAUGCUAUAAUGCCGAACCAUACUUUGCUGGCUGGGAUCUUUUGUUUUCACAUAUUCCCUUCUGGCAACUAUGGUGGAUCCCUAACUAGGCCAGCCCAGUAAUUGGUUUAACUUGGCUCAGUUGGGUCAAAAGGGUAUUAGAUUAUUAACCUUAGGUUCCACAGGCCCCACUGUGUGGUGCCAUCACACAGAUAGAGUAAUAUGUUAUAUUAUGUAUGCUAUCACUCACAUCUCAGUUUUAUUUUCAAAAGUUGAGGCACAGCUGAGUUUCAGAUACUCACAAUCUGACAGCUCUAUGUUUUAUUGUCAAAUAAACUAAGUCAUGAAUGAAAUUGAAUGAAGUAAUAAUACAAAGUUUAAUCAUUUCUGUUUGUCUUCUUCUUGUCCCCCUCCAGUUGUACAAGCGCUUCAGUCUUCCUGGUAAACCUCCAGAGUCCAUGGGAAGAGGUCGGGACUGGAGCGUGGACCUCAUCCCAAAGUUUCUGAUGGCCAAUGGUAGGAAAGCAAUAUGGGGUGUAUUCAAUUCACUAGGAUCCAAACAGAACCAAACGGAAUGAAACUGUGAGGAACCUACCUACAUUUGUCCAAUAGAAACGCUUGUUUUCAUUGCAAAAUGUUUUACAUUUGGAGGAAAGGGCUUCUGUUGUAAAACGUUUUUGCAACUGUUUGCUACGGUCAUCAUCUAAUGAAUACACCCAUGUUAUUCUAGAUAUAAUACUCAGUGCAGGGUUGUGUUCAUUAGCCACCACACGGAAGAAAGGGGACUGUACAGAAAGGGACUACUUGGACUAUUUUCAUUUUCUGUUGCAGAAUGUUAAAAAAUGUUUUCAGUCAAAUGCCCUAAUGAACACAACCCACGUAUACUUUUCAUGAAUGUUAUCAAAGGCCUCUCCCUCAGCAGCUUAUUUAAUCUUGGUACACAUCAGGAUUAUUUUGAAAUGUUUUCCGUUGUAUGCCUUAACGAACAUGACCUCUUUUCUUCUCUCUGCUCUACCCAGGUCAGCUUGUGCGGAUGUUGCUGAUCACUCAGGUGACCCGUUACCUGGACUUCAAGGUGAUCGAGGGCAGCUAUGUCUACAAGAAGGGAGCGAUCUACAAAGUGCCUGUCACUGAGACAGAGGCACUGGCCUCCAGUGAGUAUAUCAAUGGGAUUUUCAGUGGCUUAUUCCUAUAAUAUAGGCUAUGCCAGACACUUUUAUCCAAAGCGACUUACAGUACAGUUAGUGCAUACAUUUCUUGUAGAGUUUAGAAAAAAAGAUUUGUGUCACUCCUAGGGCUGUUGCGGUGACCGCGUUACCGUCACACCGGCGGUCACAAGUCAUGAAGGCAGUCAAAUUCCAUGUGACCGUUUAGUCACGGUAUCUCCAAGCUCUGAUGCUCAUUAAUAGCCUACCGAACUUGUUACAUGUCUAUAGGCUAUGCAAUUGCGCGAGAAAACAGAGUGAUGGCCUCUACUAAAAAGAGGAGGAUCCCAUCAGCUUUCUAUAGGCUAGGUGUACUAUAUUUAUUUCUCAAUUUUCCUAAUAUUAAUAAAAUGAACCACGGGAAAAGCGUACUCCAUUCGCUAUUUGGCCAAGGCUUUCGACUCUGUCAACCACCGCAUUCUUAUUGGCAGACUAAAUAGCCUUGGUUUCUCAAAUGACUGCCUCGCCUGGUUCACCAACUACUUCUCAGAUAGAGUUCAGUGUAUCAAAUCGGAGGGCCUGUUGUCUGGACCUAUGGCAGUCUCUAUGGGGGUGCCACAGGGUUCAAUUCUUGGGCCGACACUUUUCUCUGUGUAUAUCAAUGAUGUCGCUCUUGCUGCUGGUGACUCUCAGAUCCACCUCUACGCAGACGACACCAUUUUGUAUACAUCUGGCCCUUCAUUGGACACUGUGUUAACAAACCUCCAAACGAGCUUCAAUGCCAUACAACAAUCCUUCAGUAGCCUCCAACUGCUCUUAAACACUAGUAAAACUAAAUGCAUGCUUUUCCAUCGAACGCUGCUGGCACCCGCCCACCCGACUAGAAUCACCACUCUCGACGGGUCUGACCUAGAGUAUGUGGACAACUACAAAUACCUAGGUGUCUGGUUAGACUGUAAACUCAACUUCCAGACUCGCAUAAAGAAUCUCCAAUCCAAAGUUAAAUCUAGAAUCGGCUUCCUAUUUCGCAAACAAAGCCUCCUUCACUCAUGCUGCCAAACAUGCCCUCGUAAAACUGACUAUCCUACCGAUCCUUGACUUCGGCGAUGUCAUUUACAAAAUAGCCUCCAACACUCUACUCAGCAAAUUGGAUGUAGUCUAUCACAGUGCCAUCCGUUUUGUCUCCAAAGCCCCAUACACUACCCACCACUGUGACCUGUACGCUCUUGUUGGCUGGUCCUCACUACAUGUUCGUCGUCAAACCCACUGGCUCCAGGCCAUCUAUAAAUCACUGCUAGGCAAAUCCCCGCCUUAUCUUAGCUCAUUGGUCACCAUAGCAGCACCCACCCGUAGUCUGCGCUCCAGCAGGUAUAUCUCACUGGUCAUUCCCAAAGCCAACACCUCCUUUGGCCGCCAUUCCUUCCAGUUCUCUGCUGCCAAUGACUGGAACGAAUUGCAAAAAUCUCUGAAGCUGGAGACUCUUAUCUCCCUCAAUAACUUUAAGCAUCAGUUGUCAGAGCACCUUACCGAUCAUUGCACCUGUACACAGCCCAUCUGAAAUUAGCCCACCCAACUACCUCAUCCCUAUAUUGUUAUUUAUUUUGCUCUUUUGCACCCCAGUAUCUCUAUUUGCACAUAAUCUCUUGCACAUCUAGCAUUCCAGUGUUAAUACUAUUGUAAUUAUACUGCACUAUAGCCUAUUUAUUGCCUUACCUCCAUAACUUGCUACAUUUGCACACACUGUAUAUAUAUUUUCUGUUGUAUUUUUGACUUUAUGUUUUUUUACCCCAUAUGUAACUCUGUGUUAAGUGCAUAGAUUACAUGUAUUAUUUUCCUGCUGCCCCUGUUUCGAGACAGGUGCAUGAUAAUGGUCCAUUCUAAAUCAAAACAAAUUUCACAUAUAUAUUAUUUAGUAUAUGUAAAUACAAGAUUAAAUCAAGAAUAGUCUGAUGGGGUGACAAUAUUAGCCUAUCACUUGUGAAUUAUAUGUUAUCACUUGUGAAUGAUGCCCAGCAUAAGAAACUGCCUUUUCCCCCCGACUUUUUCAAAUCAUAGUCGCACACGUCAUGUAGCCUAGCCCAUAGGCCUAUAUGUUUUGAUAAGGUUUGUAUCACAACUGAAGUGGCCAAAUAACUACUUAAAAUGAAGCACAUUAAUCCGCUUUAUAAUGGGUGUAGAGCCUAACUGGCAUACAUACGCAGCGCGUGAGUCUCAAGUUUGGGGAAAAUCAUUUUCACCAUAAAAAUGCACCGUUAUAAAAUUACGAUUAAAUGCAUAAUCGCGUUUGUGGUCACUUUUGAGAAUGGUGUUUUCCUGCUUGAACAUUUGCACUUAUAGCCUACUGCCGUGUGCGCAUUGCUGCUCUUAUAAUGUGAAGAAAAAGCCUAAUAGUUUAUCAACAUUUUAAGCUAAACCUCAUCUGUUGCGUCAGGCUCAUUGCUUAAAACAGUUUUUUUUUAAUGCUAGUGGUUGUAUUAAUUUGGGAUCUAUCGCAUCCCACAACUGUCCUAGACUAUGUUUGGAAUAUUUAUUUCUCGCACAAUAGAAUAGGUGAAGUUUGUAAAGCCUGCGCAAAAAAACAAAGCAGAGCUCAUGCCUUUCAUGCGACUUUUAUCAAAUUAUCAUUAGUCGCAUCAUGCAGCCUUAGAGUGUAUUAAAAAUCUAAACAUAUAGCCCAACAUUUGUAUCACAACUAAAGUUACAUAAAUAACUCUAAAUUAAACAUAUAGCAGGACCUGUUUCUUUGUUAUCUGCUCAACACAGAAUAGCCGCAUGUGCGCACUCCCUCAAAUCGUUUGGAGAAAAUAUCCUUUCUAUUUUAUUCAGCUUUGUUCAAUUGUAUUCUUCAUACUAUAAAAUAAUCCCACGGAAUUCUAAGCACAUCUUGUAUGCUAAAUGAACUAGUGUAGCCCACAGCCAUAUGGCAUAGCCAGAUCACAACCUAACAUAAGGACAACUCAGAGUAUGCUAUUCUGUUCUUCUGAAAUAGACUACAUUCUCUUCAUAUCAUGUUUCUUUAGACCUGUCUAAAAUAUAUAAUGGAUUUGUGAUGGUGUCGCCUAUAUUACAUGGAUUUAUUAGACUCUUUAAAAUGUAGAUGUUACAAAGGUCUGCAUCAGUGGCUUGUAGGCUAUGCGUGGAAGCCAGGAGAUGCUAAAUGUGUUUAUGUUAAUUAACUGUCAAUUACUGUGAGACCGACAGUUAUUUGCUUGACAAUCACCGGCUGACAAAAUGUCAUGACCGCCACAGCCCUAGUUAUCAUCUGUUGCUUAUUUUUAUAAUAACCAAUUAUAAUGUGGAUUACCUAUGCUACUCAAGUAGAAAAAAGUUGUAUGUCUAGUAAAUCAAGUAUUCUAUUAACUUAUGCUAUACACUGAGUGUACAAAACAUUAAGGACACCUGCUCUUUCCAUGACAUAGACUGACCAGGUGAAUCCAAGUGAAAGCUAUGAUCCCUUGUUGAUGUCACUUGUUAAAUUCACUUCAAUCAUUGUAGAUGAAGGGGAGGAGACAGGUUAAAGAAGGAUUUUUAUGCCUUGAUACAAUUGAGACAUGGAUUGUGUAUGUGUGCCAUUCAGAGGGUGAAUGGGCAAGUCAAAAGAUGUAAGUGCCUUUGAACAGGGUAUGAUAGUAAGUGCCAGGCGCACCGGUUUGUGUCAAGAACUGCAACGCUGCUGGUUUUUUCACACUCAACAGUUUCCUGUGUGUAUCAAGAGUGGUCCACCACCCAAAGGAAAUCCAGCCAACUUGACACAACUGUUGGAAGCAUUGGAGUCAACAUGGGUCAGCAUCCCUGUGGAACGCAUUCGACACCUUGUAGAGUCCAUGCCCCGAUGAAUUGAGACUGUUCUGAGGGCAAAAGUGGGGGGUGCAACUCAAUGUUAGGAAGGUGUCCUUAAUGUUUUGUACACUUAGUGUAUACCACUUAGCAGAAGCUUUUAUCCAAAGCGACUUGCAGUGAGUGUGUAGCUAUGUGAUCCCUGCGGGAAUUUAAGCCACAAAUGAACCCACAUCCUUUUAACUGAGCCAUACAGGACCACAUUCUUAAUCUUAGUUCAAACACCCAACAGCUUUUUAUUUUUCUGUCUCACUGACUUUUCUACACACUCUCAGGCUUGAUGGGGAUUUUCGAGAAGAGACGGUUCAGGAACUUCUUGAUUUUCGUUGCCAACUAUGACGUGAAUGAUCCCAAAACCAUGGAGGGUGUCGACCCCAACAAGGCGACAAUGCGUGACUUGUACAAGAAGUUCAGCCUGGGCCAGGAUGUGAUGGACUUCACUGGCCACGCCCUCGCCCUCUACAGGACAGACGAGUAAGUGGCUGUGUCCCAAAUGGCACCCCAUUCACAAUAUAUAGUGCACUACUUUUGACCAGGGCCCAUAGGGGUCUGGUCAAAAGUAGUGCACUGUAUAGGGAAUAGGGUGCCAUUUGGGACACAGACUCCGCAGUCGUCACCACCACUACUUGAGUUGAGAUGGCACAUAGGCUGUUUCACUUCCCUUACUAGUUGUGUAUCAACUUUAUUAUAUAUUUGUGUGUUUCUUGGUGUUUUAUUUAUUUUAUUUAUUGUGAGAGCUCUGGUGAGUAAGAUUUCUAAUGUAUUCAUUACUCAUCAUGGCAAAUUAACUUUAACUUGAAAGAUGGGAACUACUUUAACAAGUGUCAUAUUUAAAAUAUCUAUAAGCAUUUAUGAUGGCUUAUUCAUGAACAUUAUAACAGUGUGUUACAAUCUCUUUGUUUGAUCUCUCAGCUACCUGGACCAGCCCUGCAUCGACACCAUCAACAGGAUCAAGCUCUACAGUGAGUCUCUGGCCAGAUACGGCAAGAGUCCUUAUCUCUACCCUCUCUACGGCCUGGGGGAGCUGCCACAAGGCUUUGCCAGGUAAGAUUCACUUGUUUACCUCCUCCCUGCCACUAUCAUUUGUCCAUCUUUAGCCUUUUGGUUGAUGAACCCAAGGUAAUCGGUUUAAUUCCCGCAGGGAUCCCAUACACACACUGAAAAUGUGUACACUCACUGCACCAUACGUUUAAAAGUGUCUGCUCAGUGGCACUAAUAAUAAUAAUAUGAACCCAUCCCAUGCUCCACUAUUCACCAGUGUCUUUGAAUUGACCUCUCUCCCGCUAGGUUGAGUGCUAUCUAUGGUGGGACCUACAUGCUGAACAAGCCCAUAGAGGAGAUCGUUAUGGAGAAUGGAAAGGUGGUGGGGGUCAAGUCAGAGGGAGAGGUCAGAUUUUGUCACAUUUUUACCUCUAAAUGUUAUUAUUGUUUUAUAUUAGUUCUUAAUGGUGAUUUAAUUAUGGCAGUGUAUACAACCGACAGAGUUUGAAUGUUUCCAGAUGGAAAUUCACUAACCCUAUGCCUUACCCAAAACUUAACCCUUACUCUAACCCACCCUAACCUUAACUAUAACCCUAACCACUACCAUCUCUCCUUCCCUCUCCAGAUAGCCCGCUGUAAGCAGCUGAUCUGUGACCCCAGCUACGUCAUGGACAGAGUCAGCAAGGUCGGCCAGGUGGUCCGUAUCAUCUGCGUCAUGAGCCACCCCAUCAAGAACACCGGCGACGUCAACUCCUGCCAGAUCAUCAUCCCUCAGAUCCAGGUCAACAGGAAACAUGGUGAGACCCCUGGAUACUAGGGUACCUAGCCUACAGAAAGACUUAAUAAUACAUUCAUAACCAUACAUACCACAUUCAUAAGCAGUAGAUAAGCAUUUCAUAAAUGAUUGUGUGUGAAAUGAAGUUGUCACUGAAAUAUGUUGUGACUUUUUGAAAUGGUAUUGACUGUGUUCAUUAGGCACCAAAUAUAAUAAAAAAUAAACAGGGAGGGACUACCUGGAAGAAAUAAAAAAUGUAAUGUUUUCCCGUUGAAAAACUUGUUUCUACUUUUUCUACCCUACUGAACACACCCUAGUAGAGCUUAGUGAGGGUGUAUGAUUUGUCACUGAUCUGUUGUGUUUUCAUUUUAGACAUCUACGUGUGUAUGAUCUCCUCGGCCCACAACGUGGCAGCGCAGGGCAAGUACAUUGCCAUCGCCAGCAGCGUAGUGGAGACCAACGACCCAGAGAAGGAGCUCAAACCGGCCCUGGAUCUAUUGGAGCCUAUUGAACAGAAGUAGGCCUUUGAUUCUAUGAUACUAUACAGUGCAUUUGGAAAGUAUUCAGACCCCUUCCCUUUUUCCACAUUUUGUUACGUUACAGCCUAAUUUUAAAAUUGAUUAAAUUAAAUGUUUUCCUCAUCAAUAUACACACAAUACCCCGUAAUGACAAAGCGAAAACAGGUUUUUAGAAAUGUUUGCACAUUUAUUCAAAAUAAAAAACAGAUACCUUAUUUACAUAAGUAUUCAGACCCUUUGCUAUGAGACUCGAAAUUUUACAUUUGACGUUUUAGUCAUUUAGCAGACGCUCUUAUCCAGAGCUACUUACAGUUAGUGAGUGCAUACAUUUUCAUACUGACCCCCCGUGGGAAACGAACCCACAACCCUGGCGUUGCAAGCGCCAUGCUCUACCAACUGAGCUACAGGGGACUACACAAUUGAGCUCAGGUGCAUCCUGUUUCCAUUGAUCAUCCUUGAGAUGUUUCUACAACUUGAUUGGAGUCACCCUGUGGUAAAUUCAAUUGAUUGGACAUUAUUUGGAAAGGCACACACCUGUCUAUAUAAGGUCCCACAGUUGACAGUGCAUGUCAGAGCAAAAACCAAGUCAUGAUGUCGAAGGAAUUGUCUGUAGAGCUCCGAGACAGGAUUGUGUCAAGGCACAAAUCUGGGGAAGGGUACCAAAACAUUUCUGCAGCAUUGAAGGUCCCCAAGAACACAGUGGCCUCCAUCAUUCUUAAAUGGAAGAAGCUUGGAACCACCAAGACUCUUCCUAGAGCUGGCCGCCCGGCCAAACUGAGCAAUCAGGGGAGAAGGUCCUUGGUCAGGGAGGUGACCAAGAACCCGAUGGUCACUUUAUGGUAGAGUGGCCAAACGGAAGCCACUCUUCAGUAAAAGGCACCUGACAGCCCGCUUGGAGUUUGCCAAAAGGCACCUAAAGGACUCUCAGACCUGAAUGCCAAGCGUCACGUCUGGAGGACACCUGGCACCAUCCCUACGGUGAAGCAUGGUGGUGGCAGUAUCAUGCUUUGGGGAUGUUUUUCAGCGGCAGGGACUGGCAGACUAGUCAGGAUUGAGGGAAAGAUGAACGGAGCAAAGUACAUGGAGAUCCUUGAUGAAAACCUACUCCAGAGCGCUCAGGACCUCAGACUGGGGCAAAGGUUCACCUUCCAACAGGACAACGACCCUAAGCACACAGCCAAGACAAUGCAGGAGUGACUUCGGAACAAAUCUCUGAAUGUCCUUGAAUGGCCCAGCCAGAGCCCGUACAACCCAAUCGAACAUCUCUGGAGAGACCAGGAAAUAGCUGUGCAGCAACGCUCCCCAUCCAACCUGACAGAGCUUGAGAGGAUAUGCAAAGAAUGGGAGAAACUCCCCAAAUACAGGUGUGCCAAGCUUAUAGCGUCAUACCCAAGAAGACUCGAGGCUGUAAUCGCUGCCAAAGGUGCUUCAACGAAGUACUGAUUAAAGGGUCUGAAUACUUAUGUAAAUGUGAUAUUAAAGUUUGUAUUUUUGCUUUGUCAUUGAGGUAUUGUGUGUAGAUUGAUGAGGAAAAAAACAGUUUAAUCAAUGUUUGAAUAAGGCUGUAACAUAACAAAGUGGAAAAAGUCAAGGGGGUCUGAAUACUUUCUGAAUGCACUGUAGUAUAUUAUACUAUAAGAUACAUAUGAUAAUUAUAGUGUUACUGUUAUACUCCUAGCACAGGCGCUCACAUCACUGGAACACAAUGCUGUAAUAUUAUUUUCACACGACCGAGCUGUACCGCACUGGCUUGGUUACAUAUUCACCGUUCGUUAAUGUUUCCUUACCCCGUUGAAACCUUCUCUCCUCAGGUUUGUUAGCAUCAGCGAUCAGUAUGCACCAACUGACAUGGGAAAAGACAGCCAGGUGAGUGCAUAUUUCCUAAUCCUCAUGUUGGGCUGCACUCUUCUUUGAAAUUGUCAGGAGGUGCAAACAUUUUCUGAACACUAACCACGUUUCCAUCCAGUUUUUAUGCGAGUAAAGUCAUAUAAUAUUUUGUAAAAAAUCAUGACAGCUGUGAUGGAAACAGGAAGUUUUGGUGUAAUUUUAUCAAUGUGUUCAUUUGACAUGGUGGGAUCUUUUUGUGUCUGUAAAAUUAAUAUGUGGGAAAUGGCAGUGGAAACGACUUUAUGCGCAAAUAUUGAUAUAAAAACCAGCAUAUCGAAUACAUUUGGGGUCAAGCGACGAUAUGGUGUGUGGUCCUCCCACUACGACUUGGGAAACCAUGCAGUUUAUUAGGCUACAGAUUUAAAUACUAUAAAUUAUGAUGAAUUUAACAGGGUGGUAAAAGUGCACGUGAUGAGCUUGAUGCUGCUUUCCAAUAAAUAUUGAGGGUCUGAUUCUGGUGACAUGAUGAUCGAUGCUUGACUGUCCUUUGACAAAUAAAUGUUCUUGCUCUUAUCCAUAAUAAUCUCAUCAUGUAGACUAGCCAACCCCCACAGCCUACCCGCACUAUCUGCCAGCUGUUGGCUAGAGCGCAGGUGCCAAGACCAGAGGCAGGCACAUUUGCUAUAUAACGCAAGUUUUUUUUAACCAAACUAUCGGUAGAGUUAAAAUACAAUGGAAACGCAUUGAAAUUUAGAAUUUUAUUGGGUACAUGAACAUUUGCGUGAAGUACAUUUUGUGUGCAGUACAUCAUCAUGCACUGAUUUUUAUCCGCAACAAGUCAAUUUGGUAGAAACGUACCACUGGUGGGAAAAUUCACAAAUUUUCUUUGUGUAUUUUAAUUUUUUUUCGCAUGAAAAUCUGUCGCCAAUUGGAUGGUAACCUAGCUAUAGACUUACAUAGCGUAUUCAUACAUAGGCCUGUAGACACGUUUUCAUUUGUUCAACUUUUUCCUCUUUCCCCUUCUAUGCAGAUAUUUAUCUCCCGUACGUAUGAUGCAACGACCCACUUCGAAACCACCUGUGAUGACAUCAAGGACAUCUACAAGCGCGUGAUGGGCACAGAGUUUGACUUUGCAGAGAUGGAGCGCACAAAGAACGACAUCUUUGGAGAUGCAGGUGAUCAGUGA